AUGGUCAAGCAGCGGCGGUGCAACAUUCCGCCUGAGCUGCGUGCCAUGGCUCGUGCUGUGUCUGAUGCCGACACCCGUCAGUUCCCGGACCUUGUCCCUGCGCCGGGGCGCGCCGGCCCUCCAGUGAGCGCGCUGCGCCAUAUCACCACGGAGUUGAAUGAAGAUACGCCUCUAAGUACUCGUGAGUUUAAGCUGUUCCGUGCCGCCUGCGAGGAGUGUCGCGAGCACCUCCACAGCGUCACGAACGGCAUCAUCGCGUCAGGGACACCGAUUGCUGAUGUGCUAGUGCUGGCGGUCCGCAUGGACAUCCUCUGCACCGAUCUCGGCCUCUCCCUGACAGCGGUGUUUCCCGCGCUGCGGGAGAUCCACACGUACCUACUCGAUCUCAGUGACCGGAUGGCACUCGGCCGCGGCGAGUCGCAUCGACAAGGCGUGCUUCUAGACCGCCUGAUGCGCUUCCUUUACAAAGUUCUCGAGCGGGGGGAGCGGGCCUUGCGCAAUCACGAGACAUGGGAGACGCAGCGUGACACCUCCAACCCGGAUUGUGGCGCACUCAAAGCGGUGAGUAGCGUGGCCGCUUCUAGUGCGGUUGCCAACUCACAGCACGAAGCGGUGUGUAUCUAUAGUCCAGGAAAAAGUUGUCGGAUAAAUGUGGCGGCCAGGGAUAUCGAGUUGGUGUCCUGCCGUGCCUCACCCCGGCAGCCGUCCGCGCACGCGUCUUUCAUGGCUGCUGCAUCUCAACCAAAGGCGCGCCGGGCGACCACCAACACCGUGGCUGCAGGUGCCACCGUUGCUGAUGCCCAGGAGCUUAUCCCCGUGAGCGGGCAUCACCUUCUUCCCCUCCACGUCGCUGACGCCGUUGCCGGCGUGAACGCCGACCUGGAGGUGCACUUUGCGCAUAUCCGAUGGUACGUGAAGGUGACAGACGAGGCGCCUGGGUACUUUGAUGCUCGCACGCACCUGGAGGACAACGGGCUGCGGAACGCGUGGGACGUCCAUGUGGGACGCAACCGUGCCGCGUGCACGACAGAGGAGUUCCUUCCCUUCCUGCCACUGUUCCCGUCGUGGACGCAUGGGGCCGUCAUGUCGGUGCUGAACUUCAAGGACUGCGGCGUCAUCUCGCUUUACUCGCUGCAACGGCUGCUGAAUGUGUGGGGACCACUGCAGCUUCUGGAGGCGAACCUGCGCCACGAACUGGAGUCGGGUGCAGUGGACUUGUCGGAACCGUUUGCCUACCUGGCCUUCUCCUUAGCUGCUCGGUCUGACGCAAUGGCUGGCGACUAUGUUGUGGGUCUCACUGAUGUUAUCAGCGAAGUGCGCGUCGCCGUUCUGCGUCGAGCCCGCAGGCAUCAUUGGCACCUGCGGGCGGCCGCGGGUGCUGCUCCCCGUUCCUUCUCCACGAAGAGGACGGGCAGAGGCGCUGCUACCAGCACUAUGGCAUCACCGGCCCAGACAGUGGAUGCGCCGCGCAAGAGCUUGGCCACCGUGUCCUACACCCUGUCCCACGCCACUGGUGCGUGGAUGGUGAAGGGGCUGGCGCGCGAAGAGUUCGACUCCGUCGCCAGCGCAUGUGCCGCCUUCGCGGAGAUCUUUCAGCGGCCAUGUGGGCAGCCGCUAAGCACCUAUCGCGUUGUGCCACGGCCGCCGACGGUGGCGUCUCUAGCACCUCUCCUACCUCUGCAGGGCGAGGGAAGCGAUUCCGUGGUGCUGUCCCCUCUGGUUUCCACCACCCCCGCUAAGGCCGAGGAUGCCGCCGAGGGCAAUGCUUCCGCCUUGCAUCGCGCCUGCUACCGCAACAAUGCUCGCUACGUCCGCACACUGCUGCAUCGCGGCGGCGGUACAGUCAUCAACGUUGCCUUAGUGGACCCGCUGGUGAGCGACAGCUUCUGCUGGACCCCGCUGCUGUGUGCCGUCAACAAUCUGCACAGUGACCCGGUGGAGUUGGUGUUACAGCUGCUGGAGGCCGGUGCCGAGGUGGAAUACAUGGAUGACGCCGACUGCACCGCGCUCUACUACGCCAUCGCCAACGGGUAUGCUGAGACGACGCGUGUGCUGCUGGAGCACUGCCCAACGCUGUCGACUUCGCCCUACACGCUGCCGCUGCUUGUGGCGAUUGGCGCCCACGACUGCCACCUGCGCGCGUGCGAUGUGCAGAGGCUGAUGACGGUGGUGCCGACGGCGGCUGUGCUGCGGGUGGUGGUGGCGUACGAAUCCAGCAUCGCCCUCGUCACGCUUGCUUCGACCAUUGUGGAGGCGAAGCUGAGUGGAAAGGAUCAUAGUGUCUCAUCAGCGGAGCGAUUCCUGGUCGCACAGCGCUGCUCCGCGCCAGCGGAGCUGUACACCUCCGCAGAGAUGGAGCAGCUGAAGCGGUGGGGGCAUCACCAUACCCAGUGCUGCCUGCGGGCACGCCAGGAUGUUCAGGAGGCGGUGCGGGUGCUGUACGCGCGACAGUACGCGCUGUCGUGGCGUGCGUGGCUUGACGCCUUGGGAGCGGUGGAGAAGGACGGUGCCGCGUCGCUGAGCCUGACCUGA